CAAUUCAGACGGUACUUUAACUGGAGCGGUACGUUUCGCGGUUCGUUAUUUGCGUACUCGUUGAGAGAAGCGGGAUUCGGAAAGAAUCGAUAAAAUGACUACCCUAGAGGAACUCAAUUAUUGCUACGAUUUCGUCUUGAAUCUUACCAUAGAAUCUGGAAAGGUGAUCCGUGAUGCCUUUCAAGGAUCUAAAAAGAUUGAAACGAAAGCUGGUGAUUGGGAUCUGGUGACGCAGUACGACAAAAAAAUCGAAGCGAUUUUAAUCGACAAUCUGGCAAGAAGAUUUCCAACGCAUAAAUUUAUCGGCGAAGAAACAGUGUCACAUUCCAAUUUUUUGCCGGAGCUUACGAACGUGCCCACGUGGCUCAUCGAUCCGAUUGACGGAACAACGAACUUCGUACAUUCUUUUCCACACACCUGCAUAUCAAUCGCAUUAGCGGUGAAUAAGGAACUGGAGAUUGGAAUAGUCUAUAAUCCCAUUUUAGAGCAAUUGUUCACUGCCAGACGAGGCCACGGAGCGUUUCUCAAUGGAAAACCGAUCAAGAGCUCGAACGUGGAAGAACUCGAACAUUCUUUGCUAUGUUUGGAGGCUUCGUACGCGACUAUCGAGGACAUUCGCGAUAUUAUCCUGGGAAGAUUGGAAGCUUUCGUCUCGAUAGCACAUGGAAUAAGAACCAUGGGUUCGGCAGCGUUAACAUUGUGUCACGUAGCUAUGGGAGCUGUCGAGGGUUAUCACUCUGACAAUCUGAUGCCAUGGGACGUAGCUGCGGGUGUUCUUAUCAUUAGGGAGGCUGGCGGUAUGGUGAUCGAUACAAAUGGUGGAGAGUUCAACGUUAUGUCACCGAAACUUAUAGCUGUUGGUAAUUGUAGGCUAGCGAAAGAACUCGUAAAAUUGAUAAAACACGCAGACAUCAAAACCCACCAAAGAAGUCUUUUGUUGCAGACAAUGAAAUAAAUGUUAUUACAUUUAUUAAAAAUAAAACUUGAAUAACGAUAUUGUUCACACGAGAAUGUUUAAUUAUUUGAAAUUAUUUAAACAUAUAUUUGAAUUGUUACAUAAAAUAUAUUAUAACAGUGAAAUAUGUGUGUUUGUAGGUGCGUGUGUGUAGUAAUUAUA